AUGUGCGGUGGCUGGGCGUGUGCCUCCUUUGAAUUGGCCUGCAACAAUCCUCCACUGUCGACGCUGCGUUACUCGGGCAGAGAUUUUAUUCCGACUCCAUGUGGACCACAGGACAAGUGCUUUGUCAAGGACACCAGCUGCAGUCGAGGCCAUUGCCUGGUGCCGCACCAAGUUGCAGUUAAUAUGAAUCCCUGCUUUCAAUUCCCGCUUCCUCCAGCAGAUCCCUCCAAAUCCGCUGCCGUGAGCAAUUGGAAAUCGGCCUAUGAGAAACUUUUGCAUUGUAAUCCCAAAUAGAACAAUCACGUUUUAAUAGUAACUGAACAAA